UUAUCCUCUCUCUCUUCUCCGCCCCCUCCUCUCCUCCUCUCCACCAUAUUACCUGUUGUUCCCUGGCCAUCAAUUAGGUCAAUUAGGGACCCUCUUUCGUUCUGACCCAGCCAUGGAGUCGCUUCUGCAGCAAUCCCGGGCCAUGUGCCCGUUUCUCAAGCGCACCUCCCCGACCGCGCUGCGCACCCUGUCCACUGCAACCCGCCCAAGCCACAGCCCCGGCGGAGGCACCAUUUCCAACCUUCAGGUGCUGGCUCGUCGGUGCCCCGUUAUGAGCAAGGCCCUGGCCGUGCAGAGUGCUCGCCUUGCUCACACCAAGCGGUUCACCUCCUGCGCUGCCGGUGUGGCGGGCAUGAACUCCAAGUACUCCCGGCCCGCUACCACCAAGAGAGCACUGCAUUCGACCGCCGGAAAUGGUGCCGAUGUGGCCCCCAAUGUCUACAAGGAGUCCCAGAGAGUUCAUCCCGGUCUUUCCGGAGUCAAGAACCACUUCGAUUCCCCCGCUGCGGCUGUGUCCGGCCCUCGUCCGCAUGCGCCCGCAACCGCACGGUUCAACUACAAUGCGUUCUACCAGGGUGAAUUGGAGAAGAAACACAAGGACAAGUCGUACCGCUACUUCAACAACAUCAACCGUCUGGCCAAGGAGUUCCCCCGGGCCCACACGGCAUCCCAGGAAGAGAGGGUGACGGUGUGGUGUUCCAACGACUAUCUCGGCAUGGGUCGUAACCCUGAAGUCCUGAAGUCGAUGCACCAGACCCUGGACACCUACGGCGCCGGUGCGGGAGGUACCCGGAACAUUUCGGGCCACAAUCAACACGCAGUGGCUCUGGAGAAGACUCUGGCUAAACUGCACGACAAGGAGUCAGCCUUGGUGUUUAGCUCAUGCUUCGUGGCCAACGACGCGACCCUCGCGACCCUGGGCAGUAAGAUGCCCGAUUGCGUUAUCCUGUCCGACAGCCUCAACCAUGCCUCCAUGAUCCAGGGUAUCCGGCACUCGGGAGCUAAGAAGAUGGUCUUCAAACACAACGACAUGGUCGAUCUCGAAGCCAAGCUUGCGUCUCUCCCCCCGCAUGUCCCGAAGAUCAUCGCUUUCGAAUCUGUCUACAGUAUGUGCGGAUCCAUUGCUCCCAUCGAGAAGAUCUGUGACCUUGCGGACAAGUAUGGGGCCAUUACUUUCCUCGAUGAAGUCCACGCCGUGGGUAUGUACGGGCCUCACGGUGCGGGUGUGGCUGAGCACCUGGACUACGAUAUCUACGCCUCUCAAGACACCGUCAACCCUCGCGACACCAAGGGUACUGUGAUGGACCGGAUCGACAUCAUCACAGGCACUCUGGGCAAGGCGUAUGGCUGUGUGGGUGGCUACAUCGCCGGAUCUGCGGCAAUGGUCGAUACCAUUCGCUCUCUCGCCCCCGGCUUCAUCUUCACGACGUCUCUGCCUCCUGCAACCAUGGCUGGGGCGGACACUGCCAUCCAGUAUCAAGCUCGGCACCAGCGCGAUCGGGUCCUGCAGCAGCUGCACACCCGUGCAGUCAAGGAAACCCUCAAGGGGCUGGAUAUCCCCGUGAUUCCGAACCCCUCGCACAUUAUCCCUCUCCUCGUCGGGGAUGCCGAGGUGGCCAAGCAGGCCUCGGACAAGCUGCUCGAGGAGCACGGUAUCUACGUGCAAGCCAUCAACUACCCGACGGUGCCUCGGGGUGAGGAGCGACUUCGCAUCACGCCCACGCCCGGCCACGUCAAGGAGCAUCGGGACCACCUGGUGCAGGCCCUCCAAACCGUCUGGAACGAUCUAGGCAUUAAGCGUGCCAGCGACUGGAAAGCUCAGGGCGGUUUCGUCGGCGUUGGCGUGGAAGGAGCCGAAGCUGCCAACCAGCCCAUCUGGGAGGAUGCGCAACUGGGCCUGCAAGCCACCGAGGCCGUCGAGGCUGCUGUGGAACGGGAGUUCCAGGACGCCGCGGCCGAGGCACUCUCCCAGGUUGCUGCCCGCAUGCAGACUGCCACCCCCAUCCGCCCUGCUCCUGCUGCCGCCUCGAUUCCGAUGGGGGUUGCUGCUUAGGCUGCCGGAUAGUAGUAGGGCACGUGGUGGAUAUCUCGACAAUCCACGUCCAUUCGUUGUUAGUAAUACUUAUUUCGCUUGCUGCUGAGGGAAACUGGCUUCCCAGCGUGACCAUAUGACCAGUCAGCUUAUUGGACAGGUGCUGGACUUCACAUAAUGAAAUUCUCCAGAACCGGCCUGUCGCUCUCGAUUGAUUUCUGG